GCCGCCGCCGGCCAUUUGUCAACCAGUCGCAGCAUCGACUCACUCCUCCCCAUUCUAUCCUACCUCACCACUCCCCUAAUCCGUUCUCGUCUUUGGUACAGUCGUCUACCAUGGACCGCUCGCUCUCAUCUCUGCGACAGUUUCGCACCUCGUGCCCCUACCUGGGUCGCACUCCCAUGGGCCAGCUUCGAAAGAUGUCGCACACGCCCUUUCUUCCUGGCGGACCCACUCGCCUCGCCGUUCGAGCGCAGGAGUGCCCCAUCAUGAAGGAGGCUAUCGGUUCUGCUGAGGAGGGCACCGCAAGCGCCAACAUCAGCGCUUGCCCCGUUCAACACUCUGCCGCUCCUGCCGCUGCCACCACGGCUGCUGCUGGCUCCUUCCUCUUUGGCAGUGGCCCCAACACCUUCAUCGGCUCUGGCAUCGCCCACGCCGUAAUGGGAGGCCAGAACACAGCCGCCGCAGCUGCCAAGUGCCCUCACAUGCGUAUGAUGAUGAACUCUGCUCAGCAGCAAGCCCGUUUCGUCAGCCGCUCGACCGCUCACGAGGCCUCGGUCCGCGACAUCACGCCCAAGAACCAGCUCGACCGCAUUCACGCUCAAGAAGGCGUUCACACUGACGGCCGUGGCGAUUUCGCAAAGUGUCCUCACGCCAAAGCUGCUGCAGCAGCCGCUGCCGCUGAGCAAGCCGCCUCGUUUGCAGCGAUGGGUCGGACGCCGUUCCGUACCAAGUCCAUCAAGAAGCAGGUGAGAACGCCAGGCUCCGGUAUGGGCAUCCCGCCUACGCCCAAGCCCAAAGAAACGCCUGGGUUCGAUUAUGAGACCUUCUACCACAAGCAGAUCAUGGCCAAGCACGCCGACAAGUCGUACCGCUACUUCAACAACAUCAACCGGUUGGCUGGCAAGUUCCCGCGCGGUCACUUGUCCGAGGAAGGGCAGGAGAUCACAGUCUGGUGUGCUAAUGACUACCAGAACAUGAGUCGCCAUCCCAAGGUCCUCGAAGAGAUGUCGAAGACGCUCGCCAAGUACGGCGCAGGUGCUGGAGGAACGCGCAACAUCGCCGGCCACAAUCAGCACGUCGAGAAGGCAGAGGCCGUCCUGGCCAACCUGCACCGCAAGGAUGCUGCACUCGUCUUUGGCUCCUGUUACGCAGCCAACGACGCCACGCUUUCCAUCCUCGGCUCCAAGCUGCCCGACUGUGUCAUCCUCUCAGACUCGUCCAAUCACGCCAGCAUGAUUCAGGGCAUCCGCCACUCCGGCGCCCGCAAGAUGGUCUACAAGCACAACGACAUGGAGGACCUCGAGGCCAAGCUUGCCUCGCUCCCCAUUGACACGCCCAAGAUCAUCGCAUUCGAGAGCGUCUACUCCAUGUGCGGCACCGUUGGCCCCAUCGAGAAGACUCUUGACCUCGCUGAGAAGUACGGUGCAAUCACCUUCCUGGACGAGGUUCAUGCCGUCGGCAUGUACGGCCCUCGCGGUGCAGGUGUGGCUGAGCAUCUCGACUGGGAACUGCAGGAGUCUGGUCAGAACACAAAGGGAAGCCUGAUGGACCGCAUUGACAUCAUCACCGGUACGCUCGGAAAGGCCUAUGGGAACGUUGGCGGCUACAUCGCCGGCUCCAACCGCUUCGUCGACCUGAUCCGCUCCUUUGCCCCUCAGUUCAUCUUCUCCACGACCCUUCCUCCCGCCGUCCUCACUGGUGCCACCACGGCAGUUGAGAUUCUCAUGGAGUCGAACCACACGCGCCGUCUCCAGCAAGUGCGCACGCGCCAGACGAAGGACGCCUUGAUCGCCGCAGGCAUUCCGCUGCAGCACAACCCCUCGCACAUUGUGCCUGUCCUCGUCGGAUCGGCAGAGAAGGCCAAGCAGGCCUCGGACAUGCUGCUCGAGGAGCACGGCUGCUACGUCCAGCCUAUCAACUUCCCUACCGUCCCUCGUGGACUGGAGAGGCUGAGGAUCACCCCCACUCCGGGUCACUCGACGGCUGAUGUCGAGCACCUGGUCAAGGCGCUGGACGAUGUUUGGAACAAGUUGGGGCUGCGUCGCGUUGAGGAGCUGCGUAGCGCCAAAAAGGGGGAGGACGUUCUCGCCGACUUGUUCGUCGAGGCCGAGAAGGAUGAGGCGUCGCAGCCGCUUUGGACUGAUGAGCUGCUCGGUGUCCAGUCUGUCCUUGCGCAGCCUAAGCAGGCCGAGGGCGGGGAGGUCGACGUUGCAGCUGGUGUUCAGGUAGCUCCUCGCGAGCUGGCUGCCAGUGCCUGAUGAGACUUGACUCGAUACUCUUCCCGCGCCCACUGUCCCUGUCGUCUCUACCUUAUCUGCUCUCCUUUGCUUUACUUAAGUUCCAAUCUACUCGAUGCCAUCUUUUCUUCC